CACGAAUCCCCAAAUCCCCAAAUCCUCAGACAAUUCCCCGAACGAGAGACUGGAGAACUCCACUCCCAAAGUUCCAGACACCAGCGACACCUUGCGCUUCGACACCUGACUCUCACUUUCAGCUCGCUCUCUUCUUUUCCCCUUCGUCGGAUCAGCUUCCCUACCUUGACUAAUCGAAUUGUGAUCGUCCUUGAGCAAGCCACACACCGAGCAGGCAGGAUGGUAUCAGCGAGCAUCCGCCGCCUCGCAGCGGAUCAUGCCGCACUGCACGAGGAACUGCCACCAAACUACCUCUUCCCUCCAGACGAUGCCACCGCCGACGAUUUGACACAAUUCACAGCUCUGCUGGCUGGUCCACAGGGCACACCUUACUCGCAAGGACUAUGGCGACUUCAUCUGAAGAUGCCUGAGGACUACCCCAAGAGUCCUCCGAAGGCGACGUUCAAGACUCGCAUCUGGCACCCCAAUGUGGAAGAGUUGACGGGCGCCGUCUGCGUGGAUACUCUGAAGCGAGAUUGGAAACCUUCGCUGACGUUAAAGGAUGUGCUGAUAACGAUAUCCUGCCUUCUCAUCUACCCGAAUCCCGACUCCGCACUGAACUCCGCAUCCGGCUCCCUCCUCCAGGAGAAUUACGAAGCCUUCGCCCGUCAAGCCAAGCUGAUGACAUCGAUCCAUGCCCCCGUUCCCGACGAUCUCAAGAACGCUGUCGCCGAAGCGAGGCUACGGGGUGAAGACGCCGGCACAACCAUCCCUGUCGAGCAGGAGGAAUCCCGCACGCUGAGACCGCGCAAAGGCACCAGAGUCACGUCAGUGACGAUGAAGAAGCGGACGACUCGCAAGACCAGCGCGAGGACCACGCCGGAAUCAGAACCCAAUACAACCACCCCAACAAUCCCAGCCGCUGACCAACACCAGCAACCGCAACCAGCCGCCAACAACAUCAACGAAGAAGAAGAGGGGGAUGAGUCCCUCUCUGACUCCGAGUCCUCCACCAACGCCAGCAAAGAGAACGAUCCCUCUCUAUCCCCCUCCCCAGUGCGCCUCGCCCCACCCUCUACCUUCCGCAAGAACAUCCACGGGAAACGUCCUCUCUCGGUCCUAACACUACCCCUGGAAAUGGACGACGACCCAAGCACACCAUCACCAGCAGACCUCGAAGAUGAUAACAAUAACAAUACACCAUCCACCUCAGACCAAAACAUCGCCGCCAACCACCAACCAAGAGCAACAACCUCUCCCCCAUCUUCCCCCUCCUCAUCCUCAUCCUCCUCCCCAACCUCCUACUACUAUACCACCAAGACAAGAACCACCCCUCUCCCAACCACCACAAGAAACCACCAAGAAACAGACCAAUCACUAUCCCCCCAACAACCGCGCAGCAAAUCCCCCAAACUCUCCAUCCCGAAACGAGGCGGCUCGCCCAUAAAAGGCAUCAACGCCUCCGGCCGCAUCCGCGAUGAUUUCACCACAACAACGGCAACAGCAGCAGGAUCCGACCUCCAAAUCUUCGAAGACCCAUCCUCAUCCGACAAGGAAGAAGCGGAAGAAGCCCGCCGCCGUCGCAGCGGCGAGGGUAAGGAGAACCCUCUAGCCAAGAAUCUCGCUUCCUCCUCAGCAAUAACAUCCCUACAACGCGCAUCCCCUCCCCCUCCGCUCUCCUCCGCCGCCCUGGGUCCUCCAAGCGCGACGACAUCCCGACGAGCCGUCUCGGCGUGUCUCCCGUCCGGCUCGAAACCCCUUCGAUCAUCCAUGCCGCUGGGCGCGAGGAAGGUCUCGGCGUCGGCAGGUGGGACGGCGAAGAAGGCGAAGCCGCGGAUUGGGAUUCGGAGGUUGUGA